AUGGCAUCCUCCAGCAGUCUCUUGUCCGAAGAGCAGUUCCUGUGCUUUAUCUGUCUGGAUGUGUUCACUGAGCCAGUCUCCACUCCAUGUGGACACAACUUCUGCAAGAUCUGUAUCAGAAAGUACUGGGAUACCACUGUCCUGUGCCAGUGUCCAAUGUGCAAAAAUGUGUUUGAUAGAAGACCAGCUCUCUUUGUUAAUACUUUCAUUUCUGAGAUGGCUGCUCAGUUCAGGAAGUCAGUUCAAGUGAAAGCUACCAGCAGCCCAGAACAAUGUCCUACUAAGCCUGGAGAAGUGGCCUGUGACGUCUGCACUGGGACGAAGCUCAAGGCCCUGAAGUCCUGCCUGGAGUGUCUGACCUCUUACUGUGAAACUCAUCUGCAGCCUCAUCAGAUAGCCCCAGCCCUGAAGAGACACAAGCUGAUUGCCCCUGUGGAGAACCUAGAAGACAGGAUGUGUAAGGAGCACAACAAACUCCUGGAGCUGUUCUGCAGGACUGACCAGACGUGUGUUUGUGUCUUGUGUAUAAAAACAGACCACAAGACUCACUACACCGUCCCUCUAGAGGAAGAGUAUGGACAGAGGAAGGCUCAGCUGGGGAAGACAGAGGCAGAAGUGCAGCAGAUGAUCCGGGAGCGACUUCAGAAGGUUCAGGAGAUCAAACACUCAAUAGAGCUUAGCAAGAGAAACACAGAAAGAGAAAUUGCAAAUGGUGUGCAGGUCUUUAAUGCUAUGGUGCACUCCAUAGAAAAAAGCCAGGCUGAGUUCAUUGAGGUGGUUGAAGAGAAGCAGAAAGCAGCAGAGAGGAAGGCUGAAGGAAUCAUUAUAGAGCUGGAGCAGGAAAUCACUGAGCUACAGAUGAGAAGCACUGAGAUGGAGCAGCUCUCACACACUGAGGACCACCUCCACCUCCUCCAGAGCUCCCCAUCCCUCUGCAGCCUUCCUCCCACCAAGGACUGGUCUGAGAUCAGUUUUCACACCAGUCUGGGUGUGGGGAACAUGAGGAGAGCUGUGUCUCAGCUGGAGGAGACACUCUGGAGUGAAGUGAAGAAGUUGACGUGUGAUACUGAAAUGAAGAGGAUUCAGCAGUAUGCAGUGGAUGUGACUCUGGACCCUGAUACAGCACAUCCCGGUCUCAUCCUUUCUGAGGAUAGGAAACAAGUGAGACAUGUAGACAGAAGACAGAAUCUCCCUGACAACCCAAAGACAUUUUCCUCAUGUACCGGUAUCCUUGGAAAGAAGGGCUUCUCCUCAGGGAGAUUCUACUAUGAGGUGCAGGUCAAGGGGAAGACUGAUUGGGAUUUAGGAGUGACCAGAGAGUCCAGCAACCGGAAGGGUGCCAUUACACUGAGCCCUCAGAAUGGAUACUGGAGUGUGUGGCUCAGGAAUGGGAAUCAGUACCAGGCCAAUAGCAAACCAUGCGACCCCAAACUGUUCAAACUUUGUAUAGUCAAAGAUGUAUAG